ACCUUCAGCCGGCCAGCUGAGCUCCCACCCCCCCCCGCAGCGCCGCUUCACUGCAACCUCUAACCGGCUUUGAGUGUCUCUCUGACCGGCUGUACCAACAUGUUCCACCCCUCUUCAGACAGAUGGAGCAGAUUAAUCUAUUUAUCUGCUGUAAAUAUUCAGAAAAGUCUGUUAUUAGCUCGUAUCUCCACACAGAAUUACAGAGAAACAGCGGCGCGGUGUAAAUGUAGCGCUACAGCACGGAGCUUACACACAACUGCCCCGCUGAGGCCUGCGGAACCUCGGUGUGGAGUAUCGGAGCUACACGCACAUGGAGUCAGGACGGCGGGCAGGAGAGCUGUCAGGUGCCGGCUGGAGUCGAGCCGGAGCUCGAGUAGUAGUUCUUCUCAUAAUUCAAAGGUCCCCCAGUUUCCCACCUGGGAGCCAGUAGCCGAGAGUCAACUUCCCCCACCAACGAAAGUCUCACUGGACCUGGUGGAUAAGCUGGAGAGACUCGCUCUUGUAGACUUCGGUAAUCAGGAGGGCAUUGUCUGUCUGGAGAAAGCCAUCCGGUUUGCAGACCAGCUUCACGUGGUCGACACAGACGGUGUGGAGCCAAUGGACUCUGUGCUGGAAGACAGAGCUUUAUAUCUGAGAGAAGACACCGUUACGGAAGGAGACCGUGCUGAGGAGCUCCUUCAGCUCUCUAAGAACACAGUGGAAGACUAUUUUGUAGCUCCUCCAGGAAAUAUCCCACUUCCAAAGAGAGAGGAGCGAUCUGCCAUGCUGCAACAUGCUGACUUCUGAGUCUGCAAAUACUAAAAAUAUAUGCAAAGUUGGUACAAAGUUGGUACAUAUGGAAAUAAAUAAUGUAUUUUCUGACUAUAAGGCUCACUAUCAA